AUGGAAGAGGCCCAGAAAGCCGGUAAUUCCCGAAGAUUAUUUCAGUUGAUCCGUAUUGUGGUUCACGAGAAAGAUCAGCCCCCGGCUACGAAAAACUGGUGCGUGCAAAGCAGCCACAUGAAGCGAUCAGAAGUCGUACGCAAGAUGAGAGUCCAGUUGCAUAACUCCACCGAGGAGAGCCAAACUCCAGCAGCAACAAGCAGAAGUCAGCACCCCCUGGUGGUCGGCCGGCUCGUUGAACUCCGCUGCAAGGACUUUCCUCGUGCAGGACCAGUCCAUCUUCGGAGGGCCCCUUAUGGCCUCAUCCAAGGCCGCCUUUGCUCGGCCCUUGAGGAGGGUCUUCAGCGCCGCCAGCUUACCCCGGUAUCAAGUCCAGCAUCCUACGUUGAUAUCCGCUUGUGGUCAAAUGCAUGA